GACGAACGGAACAAGGAGAGGAAGGUAAUUGUGUUGUUAAAAAAAAGUUAAAUAAUUCAAGAUCAUUUCAUUUUGUGUUUAAAAUAUCCUAGCAAGGGAAGAACAUCUUUGCACUGGUGGUGUUAGAAAGAUUAGUUCAAAUGUCCGUUAUGUGCAGAAUUUGUGUGUCCUAUGAUUGGAAUUAAAACAGAAGGAGAGCACAGUGAAAUCCUGGCACUCGUAAACCAGCUAAAUGCACAUUUAGAGCAAGAACCAAAAUACCAGCCAAGGAUCAGUGGUUUGAAGGUCAUUGAAUCAGCACAUGAAAAUGGAAUCCGGAUGACUGUACGACUGAGAGAUUUUGAAGUCAAGGAUCUUCUUAGUCUGUCCCAGUUCUUUGGAUUUAGCACAGACACAUUUGUCCUGUCUGUCUCUUUGCUUGAUAGAUUCUUGGGGCUAAUGAAGGUGCAGCCAAAGCACUUGUGCUGUGUUGGACUUUGCUGCAUGUACCUUGCUGUGAAGGCGACCGAAGAUGAACACAUGAUUCCACAUGUCAGUGACCUGAUUCGAAUCAGUCAGUGCAGGUUCACUGUUUCAGAUAUGCUGAGAAUGGAGAAUAUUAUCCUAGAAAAGCUGCACUGGAGGGUGAAAGGUCCAACUGCUUUGAAUUUUCUGCGACUAUAUCACAAGCUUAUUCAGAACUGUUCUGCAUCUGAAAGGAAGGAGAUACUGAAUCUUGAUCGACUUGAAUCACAACUCAGAGCUUGUAGUUGUCGCUUUAUCUUCUCCAAGACAAAAGGGUCCAUCUUGGCACUGUCAGUCCUUGCUCUGGAGGUCCAAACUCAAAGGUUGCCUGAAGUAAUGGAGACCAUAGAGAGCCUGCAGUUGCAUUCCAAAAUAAAUGAUCAUGAUUUAUUCUACUGGAGAGAACUUGUUGCAAAAUGUUUAGCAGAGUAUUCAUCAUCCACUUGCUCCAGACCAAGUAACAAAAAACUCAUGUGGAUUGUUUCAAGGCGCACAUCUAGGCAACUUCAAAGUUACCAUCGUAUAACUCCUCUUCCAACAAUUCCUGAAGCUACCAUGAGUACUGAACGAGAACCUUAACACAUUGCUCACCAAAAUGGAUCUGCUGUUGUCACUAAGUGCCACAACAUUGAACUGAUAAUGUUCCAACUUCAAAAGAAGUGUCCUUUUCAAGUUCUGCAGCUUGCAGUGAAACAUUGUGGGGUGUGGUUCUGAAAAAUAACCCUGGUAGUUUUUUAACUAUUAAUCUUUUAAAUUUUUUUCCAAUGUGAAGCUCAACUAUUUUGCCCCGUGAUAAUCAAGUUUUGAAAGCUGAAUGCAGGGUUUAUUCAAGUAUUGACUUUAUAUCCCAUCAUCCUUUAUUCAAUGUACUAAUCUAAUUUAAACACCCAAAUGAGCUUUUAACUUUUGCUCUUUUAGGGAUCUAAAUAGGCAUUGCAUUGGUGUGUAGUGGAAAUGUAUUGAUUAUCCCUGAGGGAAUAUCCAUUAGCUUGGAGAUCAUGGGACAGUAAUGACUUCCUUUUUACCUUCCAUCCUCUUAGAAUUGCAAUGAGAUGUAGAUGUAUCUGCAAAUUGACUGGGGAGGGAUUUAUUUGCACUUAAUCUGUUGAGGCUAAUUUUAGAGAUUUGCAAAUACAUGGUGUCUUUUUGAUUUGAAAGAUUUGCAGCUUUAGAUAUGCUGGUUUUAAAGGGACUUUGGAUUUAAAAAAAACAAUGAUUGCCCCUAUAAAUGUAUUUGCCCUUUUAUUACCAGUUAUGUAUCCCUAUCCAGCUAUUGUCAGUAAGCAGCUGGGUUGUAAGGUGUGUUCCAUAAAUCUAGGUGGUACACCAGGAGUCUUGCAUUUUAUUAUCCACUCACUAAAUCAUUGUCAUCAUGUUAGUAAUUCACUUGCACUUGGAGUAUGUUUCCUGGCAUACAUUCCUAACCUUUUGUAGUUUGAACUGAUAAAGGAGGGUGUAACUAGAUAAUGAUUCCAAUCAUUCAGAUGACUUGUCUUGCAAUUUAGGGGAUUUACUAAAUGUGUGUUACUUUUACUCAGAUUUGAGCAUUAGUUCCCCAUUUUAUAGAAAGCUUUUAUUCAGGAAGUAGGCAUCACUGUUAUACAUGUGUAAAAACUGAUACAUUGGCUAUGCCUCAGCAGUAUUCUACACUUUACACAGUUGUUGGUUAAUCUACAUUGAGGAAUUGCAACACAGCAAUAAAGUGGCAUUAAUUUCUGCCUGCAAAUGAUUCAACACAUUUCUCAAAGUAGUGCUUCAGAAUCUCUUUGUAGAGAACAGGGGAAAUGGAGGGUUUUGAUGUGACAUUCUCAAUAUGUUGAGAUAUGAAGAACAUUUUGCAUAUUGCCUGAACACUUAACAACUUGGGAGAUUUUCUGACUACCUCCAAGAAUGUUGUAUUUUUGGCACUCUAUUUUCAUAGGAAUUUUGUAUUGUUAUGGCCAACCGUUCAUCUGAUUUGUUGCAUAGUAGACAGUUGCUGUGGUUUGCUUCACAUAAAAUUCAAGCAUUGUUUAGGUUUUAUUUUAAUCUGCAAAAUAAUCCAGAGAAAGCUUAGUUUUAACAAGGAUGGCCUUGUACAGUACAAGAUUCUAUGCAAUCUGGAGAAAAUAUUGGACUGCAGUUUUGCCAAUGGGGAAUACUAUACUUGUAAUUUCUAAAAAUAUUUUGAGUAGAAAUUCCCUUGGUCACAUGUUAGUGAAUGUUUGGAUUUAGUAUGUUGGCUGUUGUACCUAAACCAUAAGUUAUGCUAUAAAAUCAACCUUCAUUUUUUUUAGUUAAAAUGAAAGAAAUGGUUGAAAUACUUUUGAGCAUCAGUAUUGUUUACUUUUUAUUAACAAGAUCAAAAAUACUGAAGUAGAAGUGCUGUACCUAUUGUUUGCUGAAGGCUAUCAACUUGGGAAUUGAUGUAGAAGGGCUUCAUUUUAUAAGUUUUAAUAAUAAUGCCUAUAUGCUUCAUAUCUGAAGGGUUCUUAGUAUCUUUUCUUAUAUUAAAGACUCAAUGUUAUUAAAUUUAGUUUGCUGCACAAACCCAAGCUAAUGUUUUGCCUCUGACCAUGUUGCCAUUGCAUUUUGGGUCUGGGGAUUUAAGCCAGCAGCAAAUUCUUUUUUUAUUGUAAUCUGAGAAGAAAUAAGUGUGCAGCAAUCUUGGUAUACUUAUCUACAAGAUUGGAUGUUCCCAAAUUGUGGUGAACAUAUGCCUAGGAGUAUACAAAUUGUCUAGAAGAUGGUAGAGUUAAUGUGGGAAAGUUGUUUAAUGGAAGAUUUUGGGGCUGUCUAGACCUCAAUGUCCACAGAAUGGACUGAGAUCAGCCUCUUUUUUUUGAAAUUAUCCACUGCCUGUUUGCUUGCCUGCCUCUUGGGCUGCCCAGAGUUGGUCUAUGAGCAAGGACAGGUGGUUGUUGGACAAAGCUGGGUGGAUGGAGAACUAGCCCAGUCAGUAACAUUGCUUCCAAGCCAAUAGCAGCUUGGAGAGGCUUUCUGUAAGUGAUCUGUGUCCAUGCUGCUGGUGUGUUGCAACACCUCUUCUGCUUCAGUUUCUGUAGACUGAUUGCUUUGUCCCAGAUACUACUACUACUACUACUGAUUUUUGGCUGAUGGGUAGCCAGGGUUAAGGUCAGUGAGACUAGAGUUUAACUGUCAUUGUUGCUGCUGCCCAUCCUUGCAAUUAACAGUCUGGUACAGCUACACAGGCAGUUGAUAACUUUGGAAGGUGUUAUGCAGCAAGAAAAACUGGAAACCUUUAUACUGGGUAUGUGAUUCAGAAUGUUUAAGAAAACAUUGUUGUGAAAUGAAAUUUUCCACAGACUGGAUUUGUUGUAAAGUCUCUGACCAUGUGUAUAUAAGAGGAAAACAAAGAUUGAGAUCAAACUAGGUGGAAAUCCUGAUCUAUUUAAAAAAUUUUAUAGAAAAUCACUCAAACCCUGCAGGGGAAAUGUCCUUUUCAGUCACUAUUCAUUUAAGUAUCUUUUAUUGAUAGCCAAUUUAUUUAAGUUGAACAUUUGUUUUAACCAAUGAAUUGAUCAGUGCAAUAUGUUUGGUUACAAUUACAAGGGGAAACAAUUACAAACUGUGAACAAUUUUUAUUUUGGCUUGAACAAUGGUUUGUAUUCUGUAAAGAUGUCUUUUCAAUACUGGUUUAAAACUGUGCAUUGUGAUUAACCUUUUAUUGGUGGAGAUUAAUACUUUAAACCUGUUGGUGCUGCAAUAAGCUAUAAUACCAAUGCUGGUUAUCUCAGUGCAGUAUAUCCUGUCCUUAUAAACAAUUCUUAUUAUAGCUUGUACAUAAAGUAUUCACCUUAGAAUUUUUAAAUUCUGAAGUUUGACAUGUUUAUUGAAUAAACACUUAAAUUUCCAUUAACAGCUUGUUUUGACCAGUUAUUCCAAGUUAGUGGCUGAAGAACUGACUUUCAUGUUUAGGAGAAACCUUUGUGGUUUCAUUCAGAUGGUAUACCUGUCAUGAGGCAAGGGAAGCAGAAAGUGGCAUUAGCUGUGAGUGUUGCAAAUUUAAAACUUGAUUACUGGCUUGAUCUUAAAGUUGAUAGUUAAAGCCCAAGCCUGAAUCACUGCUACUGUUCUGUGUGGACACAAGUGCAGCUGGUACCACUACACAUGGGCUCACAGCACUACUGCCACACCUCUAUCCUCAUCCCUACCACACUGCUUUCUGACCUCCAGCAGCUGAUGGUCUUAAUUCCUGUUGUUUUUAGACAGGCAUGGAACAGUACAGCACAGGAACAGGCCUUUCAUGUCUGCUGAUUUCAGAUUCUUCCUUGAAAAUAUGCUC